GUCUACAGAAACAAACAUGGCGCCGCGAAAGUGAGGAAAACUCUGAUGUGAGUCUUUCCACACUGAAUAUUGUUUAGUUUAUCGUCAUUUAAACUAGGCGUGGAACAACACCGCUCACAAUCAAGCAAUUCGUUUUAACUAUAAAGCUAGUUAGUUUGGGCUCGUACCGUCACGUCACACCGACCACCCGGACAGAUGAGAGGAAGAAGAGGACACUCUUCAUCAUCGGCUUCUCAGGAGCGCACCAGGAUGGCUCUGAGGAAGCAGCUCCUCAAGGAUGCCAGCGACGUUCCCUCAGGAAGCCAGCAGGACGACGAAGACACACAGGAGGACGAAGCCUUGGACGACCAAGACUACAACGAUGAGCUCCCAUCGGCGCCUGUGCCGUCAGCAUCAAGAGAAAAACGUAAAACAGAGAAGGAUGACGAAUCCAAACCCAAAGACAUGACCGAGGAGGAGAUGAUGGACUUGGCCCUGCGUCUGAGUGAACAGGAAGCCGCCGUUGCCGCCGCGCUCAGACUCCGGCGGGAGGAGGAGGACAUGAGGAAAGCCAUCCAAGAGAGCAUGGACAACCAGACCCACAGUCUGCUCACCGAUGCUGAAAGUUCACUCAGGACCUUCUCUCGAAGGAAACUCUUGUAUGCAAAUGGGAGGAUCAAUCAGAGAGCAGCAGAGGACGAUUGCACACCAGAGACGGACCGAGUAGCAAAAGAAGCCGGAGAUGCAUUUAUUAACCGGCUGAAAAAGAGGAAAUGGAAAGAGGGAAGCCCUCUGCUGGAGAUGCCUGACUUGUCACAGGCUGACAAAGUCUUCUCUCAGGAUUCACCCUGCAGCUCCGAUUGUCUCUCAGCGCCUCUCGACUCUCCACAGAGCUCUGACUCGACCCAGAUCGACACCUGUCAGCCUCCUAAAUCCACCGUCUUCCCCUCCACCGAGUGCAGAGCCACGGUUCACGUCGCCCGGCUGAGCAACAGCGUCUUGGAGACCUGGAGGACCUCAGGGUUUGUGUCCUGCUCUCAGGACAGUCGGAGCUCGACUCAAAAGUGUCAGCCGGCUCGAGCCAAGAGUCCCACGUUUCCCAAAAGCCCCAAACGCUCCAAAGACCUCGCUUUGUCCGAGACCUCUGUCUUCUCAGAGGCUGAUCAGGGAGACGAUGGAGAGACCGAUCUGAGUCCCGAGUAUGUUAAAAGUCCGGUAUUUGGCAGGAAUAAACUUAAGACGUCUCAAAGUGCCUGCAAACCCGGGGACCGUGACUGUACCUCGGGCUCCAUGUUCUGUUCUCAGGAGGGUUUAACCUCCUCUGUGAAGUCCACGUCCUGUUGUCCUGUGAGUCCAGUGUUCCCUAAAAGCCCCGGCCUACGCGACGGCCUUACUGAGGAAUCAGCAACCUGCACAGAGCCCACAGAGAGCGUGGUAGGACAGGCGGAGCAGAGCCAAGGACGCUGUGCGAGCCCGGUGUUCGGCGUGGCGGGCCCCCCCGCCACGGAGCGACGGCGCUCGGGCAGUGACGGUGAGCUGACCGCUACUCGGGCUCCGUCCCGCUGUGACAGGCAGGACAGCGAGACGGAUCAGUCAUCUAAGUCAGACGGCUCCACCGAGAAGGUGCUGACCGGCCAUGUAAAGCUCCUCUGGUCCGAGGACGACGACGACGACGACGACGUCACGCCGGGGGGCUCACCCAGCCCAGUGUUCCCAGAUGAGAGACCCGCUCACCAGGCACACGGGGAGGAUGCAUCCCAGAACCACGUGACUGCCUCUCCAGGGAAGAACUGCAGCAGACAGCAGCCCUCCACAGAGCGAGGACCACCGCCAACCGGCAGCCAGGAAGCGGUCAGCGGGGCGUCCGCCCCGUCUGGCGAGCUGGCAGUGGGGCCGACGGUGUACUACCACUGGGGGGUUCCUUUCUGUCCGAGAGGGGUGGACCCAGACGAAUACACACAGGUGAUCCUGAGUCACAUGGAGGUGUACGAGAAGAGCCUGAAGCAGGCGCAGAGGUGUCUGCUCAGGAAGGCUGAGUGGGGGGAGGCCGUCCUGCCUCAGCCGGAGAAAUCCCCUUCAUCGGAGUCGCCUGCAGAAUCCCCUCAGCAGCUCGUUCCUCGACGGCACGGCCUCAAACUGAGAAGCAGAACUGUGUGCGCGUCCGCUAAUGCACUUCCUGACGACGCAGAGGAGGAUGAGGAAGACGAGAAGGAUGAAGAGGGGGAAAGAGAGCGCAAAGAAGCAGCAGAAGAAGAGGAGGAGGAGGAGGAAGAUGGACCAGUGGAUGCUGAUGACUGUGAGGUUUGUCCAGAAACCCAACUGAGUGACAACGAUGACGACCGAACGCAAGACCUGAUGAUCCCAGCUGACCCGCGAUCAGAGUUUGACGGUCAAAAGAGUCCAGAGCCGCCGGAGUCGGAGAUGAUUCUACGAGUGGAUUCUCCAGCUGAAGAUGAGCUGCGGGUGGAGGAGGAAGAGAUGGAGGUGGACGCCGCGGCGGACAGAGAGACGGGGGGGGACGUCUCGGGGAGCUGCGGGGAUGUCGGGAAGGAGCGGACAGAGGAGGCCGGACGGGAUCCAGACGUGGAGGAGACAAAGGGCCGAAGGCUCCAGAGGUCGACGUCUCCCGAACUGGAAGCGGCAGCCGGCCUCCAUCAGAAGCCUGAGAGCAAAGUGGAUUGUCCCAUCUGUCAGGGGUCUUUCCCGCUGACGGAGAUCGAGAGGCACGCCGCGUACUGCGAUGGAGAGGUGACCAUCGUGGAACACCGGAGUCCCAAGAAAGUCUGCUUGCAAGUGUCUUUGAAGCCUCGUAGGAAGAGAGCGAGGAGAUCAGAGGCAACCGAGGACACUUACGAACUCUCCACCACUGGCAAGAAUCAAGAGAAAUGUUACAUCUGUCAGAAAUCUGUUCCGCUGAAAGAAUACAGCCGACACACAACGCUCUGCCUCCAACGCCAGGCGCCGAAGACGGCAGCGAAGGGAAAUCUGCUGUUGGCUCUGGAGCAAACAGAGAGCAGAGAUUCAGGAGCCGGGCCGUCUGGAUCCAGACUCCUGCCGGGAGAAGUCAUUGAUCUGCGGGAUGAUGAUGAUGAUGAUGAAGACGAAGACAAAGAGGAGCAGGGCAGCGUUCCAGCGCUCAGGAUCAGUAACUCUCCCAUCAGGUCCUUCACUCCGAUCUCAGAAGCCACCGACUGCCUUAUUGACUUCAAGAAAAAGCCGCGACCCAAGACGCUGAGUCAAAGACGAAGAUGAGGGCGUCCCGCUGCCGACGGACGCUACCGGAAGCCAGAGCCUUAACCCGAGGCGCCAUCAGGUGGAUGUGACGUAAAGAUAAAAUAGACUUGUUCUAAACUGAGCACCUUCCUGAUGUCCCAUAUUUAUGCAGGUAAACGACAACAAACAGAGCACUUGAAUAGUUUCAAAGGAGGUUCCGGCUCUUUUUCUACCACUAGCUUCAACGCUUGUGUACGUUGAAGGCGUUCCACACUACCUCUUAAUGUAAUGAGACCUUUUUUUUAUGUUUAUUUAGCUCUGUGUCUUCCACACCUUCUGCUUGGAAUCAAAUUCACACCGGCAGCGUUUUACAGGCCUUCAAACAGGAAAUGUCACAUGCAAACUGUACACAUGAUGUUCGCAUGUAAGCUUGUGUUUAACUAAUGCAGAUAUUACGAGCUAAUCUCUACCAGACCUCUGAAUGCCGUCCCAUUGAUCGGUGGACAAACAACCGUCCAAUCAGAGCCGGGUACGGUGAUGUUGUCUUCCUCUGCCAGAGCCAGAAGAAUGGACACGAAGAGCCGAAACAAUUGUGCAUUUAGGGGCCGCAAAUAGUGAUUACUUUCACUAUCGUUUCAUCCGCAGGUUCUUUGCUCGAUUAAUGCACUUUUGGUUGUUUUUAAAAAUAGUAGAAAAUAGAAAAAGUUCAAAUGUCCUAGACCUAAAUAACAUCUUCAAAUCCAACCACUGAUAAUGACAAACAAACAGAAAAUUCUCUCAUUUGAGAAAGUAACUCGUAAAGUGUCUUUUUGGGGGCAGGGUUAAAAAUCCCAUAUAAAUUGAUUUUUCAGGAUCGGGUUGUCAAGCUGUGCAGGUUCACUCAAGUCAAUUUAACUUAACCUGUUAACUGAAGCCAUGUUUGACCCGCUGAGAGUGUCCCAAAAGGGCCACCGUAGAGAUUAUAGCAGCCGUUUAUGUAGGGCCUUCUUUUCCGUGCGCCACAGGAGCAACGCUAAAGUCACCUCUCCACAUUCCAUCCCUUCCAUUUCAGAGCAAAUUAUGUUCAAUCGAAGCGCUUCAAUUUAAUUCCAUCAGUUUGUCAACCUACAACAUUUGUUACCCCGAUGAAAUGGGAUUUGAACCCGCGUCCCCUGUUGUCAAUGUGACCGAGUGUGGGAAGGAGGUGCAAUUGAGUUUAAAUCAGGAAACGGCCAGGUGGAGGAAAUGACCUCAACGUUUGUCCAUCAACUUCAUCUUGCAGAAAGCAGCUCCAACACGCCGUGGCUUCGCUUCUCAACGACCUUUUCUCUCAGAGUAGUUUAUUUUAAUGCGUGGGCGGACCAUAUGUGUCAGUCCAAAAAUAAGUUAAUGCUCUUUGUUCCUUUUUCGUCUGACUGUAUCAACCUUGAAUAUGUAUUGGCGCUCUGGAGUUGAAGUUGUUUGACUCGAUGUCUCUAAACAGAAGUAAACUGGCUGUAACACACUGA